AAGGACUUCGAGGCGAAGAAGGCGGCGAUCGCAAAAGCUUCGAACAAGGUGGAGAGCGGCAUCGGGCUGCAGACCUGGAAGUGGGGCCACGACUACGACAAGAAGUACACGACGAGCUCGACCGGAGCCGGCACCUUCCUGCGCUACAACAUGGGCAACUACCAGAUCAUCCCCAGCUACCGGGGCUCGGCGGCCGACGACGGCACGUACCUCAUCGACCCGAGCCAGAUCAAGAGGGCCAAGGCCCAGGCCGCCGAGUACGAGAGGGUCCGGAAGGAGGUGGCCCCCGUCUGGCUGAAGGACGGGGGCGCGACCGGCAACGUCUGGCCCAGCCAGGGCAUGUACAAGCCCCGCACUUACACCUCGGCGUACCAGCCCGUGCGCCAGAAGUAGGCGCCCGCCUCGGGCAGGGCCACGGCAGCGCGCAUGAGCGGCGUGUUUUUUUAGGGGGCCUGGCCCGCGGCAGAUCGUGCAGGGCAGGCGGCUCGCACGAAAUGGCGCGCCGCGCGGCACGGGCCUCGCGGAAGAAGUGGCUGCGGGCACCGCGGAGUGCGCCGGGCACGGCCCGGGACGCCGUCGCGCUCGUCCUUUUCUCCUGCUGCCGACAAUUGCAGUGGGUGUGGUUACGCCGGGGUGUGGUCUGCGAUCUGCGUCCUCGCCCGACCCCCCCCCAGGCGCGGGUUGCGAACCGCACCCUUUGCAAGCCACACCCUUCGGAGUCGCGAUUUCUCUAUCAGAACAA